ACAACCUCCAUCAAUACCAUUGAGCUGUUGCCUAGCUAAAUGAUAACCCAGCAAACUGAACCUCUAACAAGACUACAUUAUCUGUCAUUUGUUUUAUGAUUACAAAACAAGUUUCUGUGUAUAUAAUCAGCCAGCAUAAUAGGAACUAUACCUUUAGCGCUGAAAACAAUUUCCAAUGCGUAUUCCUCAUUACUUAAUUGUCGGUGGUGGUUUAUCCGGUCUAGUUACUUCUUACCUCAUCUCAUUAACUCGACCAUUGGGAAGUUACCGUUUAACAGUUUUGGAGAGUAGCAGUAGGUGGGGUGGUUGGAUUCAGUCGGUUAAAAAUAUGGAUACUGGAUCAAUCUAUGAAAUCGGUCCACAUAGCGCUCGUGCAAAAUCUGCCACAUCAGGUCUUUUGAUGAGAAUAGUAAAAAGUUUGCAUCUUGAAAGCUCACUUGUUUGGAUGAGGCAGGGUACAGAUGGAGCGAAGCAAUUAAUGUAUAUAAAUGACCAACUGUUGCCAAUGUCCACUUGUAGUUUAAUCAUCAGGCGGUUAUUUUCUCGACGCCCACCGUCUCAGUCAGACUGGACUGUUGAUGAAUUCCUUCGCUCUCGUCUUGAUUCCGAAUUUGCUGACUACUUUGGCAGUGCUCUGAUGAGAGGUAUCUUUGCUGCUGAUUCACGAAACCUUAGUGCUCGUGCUUGUUUGCCUACGAUGGUGAAGUGGGAAGAAUAUGGACCGAAUCUUAUUCUCGGGAUUUUACUUUCACGGAUAAACCGAUCUUUAGAUCGUAUCGUUAUACCGAAUAUGAUUGACGACAAACUCCCGCAACUGAAUAACUUGAUGCCAUCUGAUGCGAUUGCUUGGAAUUUGUCAGGCGGAUUGGAGACAUUGAUUGACACUAUUGUAGAUCAUUUAAGUAGGAAACAUCCACACAUCAAUUUGCAGUUAAACUGUUCCGUUGAAAAAGUAAAAUCUGUAAAUGGUUGCUUUGAGUAUACUUACAAGGGCAUCGGUGAUAAUGGUAACGGCAAAGAAAAAAAUACAGCUGAUAUAGUCUUUUUUUGCUGUCCGUCCUUCAUUACAGCAAGUAUUUUGGAAAACAUACUGACUACUGAUAUUCUAAGCUAUCUGAAACCCGACUGUAUUCCAUGGGGAAGUGUUGUCAGUGCUGUCCUAGAAAUAGAUGACUCCUUUACUCCCUUAGUACGUGGGUUCGGGCACUUAGUACCGCGUACGGAAGAUGAGCAUAUUUUGGGUGUAAUAUACGAUUCCUUUGCAUUCCCGAAAUUGGAUGGAUUUAAUAAAAAAUUACGAUAUACAGUGAUGAUGAAACCACUUCGUGAAUGGCUCGAAGCCUCCACAAGUUCAGGUUCCUCAGAACACCUGGAAAACACCAUUGAAGAAGUUGCAAAAACCGUCCUUAUAAACCAUCUUAAAAUACCGGAUCCGGUCAUUGUUGGUCGUCAUAUUAGUAUUCUCCGUAACUGUAUUCCCCAGUAUCCUCCAGGUCAUUUAACUAAUAUGGCUAAUUUGCGCAACGGCAUUCGGCGAAUUUCGAGUGGCCAUAGUUCUGGCCGAAGUGGUAUAUAUCUUGUUGGUAAUUCGUACGAUGGCGUUGGGUUGAAUGAUGCUGUCUAUAGCGCUGCGUGUGCAGUUGCAGAAGAGUUCAGUUCAUCUUCCUGAAGAUAGUUUUUAAAAACAUUUACUGUUCACAAACCUUCAAAUUAUGUACAAUAGUUUACUUAUUGAUAGUACUAAAGUAUGAAGACGUCUGCUAGAAGAUUAUGGCUGUAAAAUAAACCAUGUGCAUUAAAAAAAUCCUGUUUCCGGUUUUUCAGCACUUAGCAGGAUCUUGCAAAAUUGUAGUAUAUCAUUAGAAUGGUUAUCAUGUAGUGGAAAUAAAUCCCCACUAAGUGUUUUGUUAUUUUUUGAACGGAGUGUUUUGGAAACUGAAUUGAAUAAUUGGGGACGAAGGUGGGUAUUCUUUGAUUAGGGAGCUUCUGUAAUUAGAAGUUGUUUGGCGUAUGGGAAGAAAACUAUAGAACUGACAGAUCUUGAUUAUCAAUGAGGACAGUGAGUUAGUUAUCAAACCGAACCGAAACAGUUAGUUUUCUUAUGAGGACCACUCCCCUACCUCUUGACCUAGAGGUUUAAUCCACAAGCCAAUGGAGCAAGGUUGGGAGAUGCGUUCCAUUUGUUCCCUCAGGAUUCUGGGGUCCAUGUUCACCAUAGGUUUAGAAUCAGGGUUUACCAACUCGCUUAGUUGGAUCUUCCAUACCCGCCAAUCCGGUUUAAGCACUAGAUAUUAGCUUUUCAUCUUCUCAAUUUUCUAAACACAAGAAGGUAGUGAAUAGGACUUCCCUGCCAACGGCUACAUACUUGUGACCGUAUGACAGUGUUUCGAAAGGGGGAGUGAACUCUUCUAACCCUCAGUCGUACCAGGUCACUUGCAUAAGCUAACUACGUUAAGAGUACGUUGUAUUAAGUUCACUUGAUAUUAUUUGGUUGAAUCUUCCCAUUGACGUUUAGAACUGCAAUUGAUCAGUCUCUUAUUGAUCAUAUGUGCAUAUUAUGCACUCAGUAGCUAAGUGAAUAACGCGACGGCAUUUGAAGCGAACGGUACUGGGUUCCAGUCCCAGAGUGAAUAUCAACUCUGAGAUACAGGUACAUCCAACUGACGAGUCCCAAAUAGGACUAUAUGCGCGUCCUGGAUCCCACUGCUAGCCACUAUCCAUCUUUGCUUAUAGUACGUUGUAUUGUCUAGCAAACCUAAGUCUCUAGUCACUUCAGUUCUUCAAUUGUGGGAUGCAAUUCUACAAAGGGAACUUAAAAUUGUUAGCCUGACUCAUUUUAUAAAGUCCUUGAUCUUUGACUGUUCGAUACCCCCAAUGUCCUUUAAGAAGGAAAACUAGUUCCAGGUGAAUAUUACAUUUUCUCUGCCAUCUCAACUUAGUAUUCCAUUAUUUUGCUAACAAAUGCUUGUUAAGUGGUCGUCUAGUAAAUCUAUUGUUCCUGAUAUUAAUCUGUUCAAAUUCACUUGACUUUAUCCGAUCUUGCAAUAAAGUGUACCCCUAUAUCGUAAUAAGGAUCGGUUAUCGUCAUGGGAUUCCCCUUCUUUCAUGAUAUAAAUGUGUCAGUCACGUACGUAGCGUCCUGUUUCAUUCAGUUAUAAAUUCUUUCCUUCAUUCUUGCGUUUUUUAGCUUUAUUCCUUGGGUCUUUCCAUUUCUGUAGUUGUUAGUGAGUACUUUUUGACAUUAAUUUUCCCUAUGCACAAACUUAUCUUCAUGUACCUUAAAACAUUUUGAAAGUAUUCACUCGAGUUAACAUAAUUGUUCAAUUCUAGAACAGAUAAUUUUUCUACUAUUUAAUGCCUUCAUUAAUAUACUAUACAGUUUGUACAUCGGUUUUACCAAGUUAUUAUUAUUGUUUCUAGGUUGUAAGCAGCUGACGGGAAUUCAUAAAAUAAAUGGAUUUAUAUUAUUCUACUAUGAUUGUUUUUGCUUUAUUUAGAUUUAUAAGUGAAAAAAUUCUGUGAGAUAGUAGAACUAAAGACUUCAAUGUUUUUCAUGAGAAUGGUUUAUGUGUGGGUAAAAGUGAGUAAUUAAGUGAAUUCGCUGUGAAACUGGCAGGAAAUGGAGGAGCAGCAGAUGCGGUUUUCAAACCUACAUGUAAUUAUGCUGAUAACUUCCAGCUAUUACUUCAGAAACAGCUUAUUUACUUACGCCUGUUACUCCCAA